AUGCAUUCCGAGGCUAACUCGUCGCCGCAGCAGCGGAUCAUAACGUCCGAACAGUGGGUGUUCGAUAGAAAAGGACCGAAAGACGAUUUCAAGACGCAUGGUGGGAAUCGACCCAAGAGAGCUACUAUAUCGAAACAGGAGCGCGAAAUGCGACGGAAGCAGCGAGAACUAGAGACUGAACAGCUGCAGCAGGAAUACCAGACUGUGCAAAGCGAAAACUCGCGACUGAAAACGGUUGUGGCGAAACUCAAGCAGGAUAUCGACGUUUACACACGACUCGUCGUAGAGUCGUCCCGCGGAGAGUAUGAAACACCUACGGCAUCCUUGGUGGAGCCUGGGAGUGUGGUCUUGAAUGAAAAUACUACAGGUAUGUCGAAGGACGAGCUGCCGCCGCUAGAGACCCUUUUGGUGAACUCAUCAAAGAGACGCAAACGAGGCCGGAAUUCUGAGCACACCCAGCCGGAAGCAGCCGAUGGCCGGUCUGACAUGCUCAGAAACAAACAGGCAGACGUGAUGCUGGCGCCGGGAGCCGCAGACGUGGGGCCUGAAGACGUUGCUUUGAUGUGCAAACUCAAGGACGUUUUGGCAGAAAUGGAAUAG